UGUCAUUUUCUUGGCAAGAAGAAUGACGUGAUGUGGUUUAAGAAAAUUUUACUAUUUUAAUACAAUAAAAACAACAGAAACAUCUCAUUUCUCAAUUCUCUAUUUAAUAAUAAUAAAAACGUAAUAGCAAUACAGUUAUGAAAGCAAUAUAGUGUUAAAGUGUUCCUUGAAACAUAUGUGGUGGAAAUUUCUUAGAACAAGAUUAGUCAUUGAUAUUUUGUUGUUUUAUACAAAGUUAUGAUGAAAUACUCAACUUCGCCCACUCCCUCGACGUCUUCGUAUCCUCGGAGUACGUCUCCUCUUCCUGCUCCAGCGAACUACCAGCCGACGACGGCCAGUGCUGCGGUCAAACGAUACAAAUACCUAAGGCGAUUGUUCAAGUUCAAUCAAAUGGACUUCGAAUUUGCAGCCUGGCAAAUGGUCUACUUAUUUGUAGCCCCACAGAAAGUCUUCAGGAAUUUUAACUAUAGGAAACAUACAAAAUCACAAUUUGCAAGAGAUGACCCUGCAUUCUUAGUACUAUUAAGCGUUUGGCUAUUUUUGUCAUCAAUGUUCUUCGCACUGUGCAUAGGUCUGUCAAGCGGACAGAUUGCACUGUUUGUGCUGUUUGUUGUGUUUGUGGACUUCAUUGGAGCUGGGAUCCUGGUCUCUACAAUUUUCUGGUACGUGAGCAAUAAGUACUUGUCAGUGGACGGAGCAGGCGGUGAUGUAGAAUGGGGCUAUGCAUUUGACGUCCACAUUAACGCGUUCUUCCCGCCUUUGUCCUUGCUACAUUGCUUCCAGAUACUGUUAUUUCACAAUCUCCUCAGCCACAGCGGCUUCCUGGCGUGUUUCGUGUCCAACACGUUCUGGCUCGCCUCCAUUGUGUAUUACUUGUACAUCACAUUCCUAGGAUACAGUAAUUUGCCGAUGAUCAAAAACGCAAGAGCGUUCCUGCUACCGCUGCCUGCUUUGUUCGUCCUGUACGUAGGCACGCUGUUGGCCAACUGGAACUUAAGUCAUAUGCUCAUGGACUUCUACCACUACAGAGUUCUAUAGCAAAGUCGAAGAAAUUAAUGUUUUAUAUGUACCUAUUAUAAUUUAAUUACAUAUUAAGUUGUAUAAAUUAUGUUGAUUAAUAAUUAAUUUUAAUGUAUUUAAUAAACUUUAAGUCGAAAUA